AUGACAGAGUCGCUUGUUCAGGGCACAAGAGCCAUCUUGUCACAAUUUGUUGAAGGGGAUGAAGAUCAAAUGGCCGCUUUGCAACAGAAGGUCAUUCUACUGAACAUGGAUGCUGCAGCAGAUGAGCAGCUGGCAGGUAGGCUCAUGGCCUGCAAUGACGGUCUGUUCCCAGGUGUGAAACAGGUGUGCCGGGACCGGGCGCAUGCGGCUCGGCGAGUCAUUUCCCGUCCAUUCAAAGCGUCUGCUGAGAUUUGGGAUGUGUUUCAAGCCUUGAUCUGGGGCAACGCUUCAAUGCCUGCAACCAUUCAGAGCAGUGAUGUGCUGAGGAAAGUGUUCAACCAGUACGUCAAAGACAUGGGCGGUGACCGGGUUCAGUCAAUGUCGCUGUGCAAGCAGAGGUUUGACUCGCACCAGAAGGCAACUGGCCGUUUGAUUCUGUGGCUGCGUCCGACCAUCAAAACUGCAAUCUAUGCGACAGUUUACAGACGCAAUGACCGAGAUGGUGAAAGAGCUGCAUUUUUCUUGCGCUCUCUCAGUGAAGAGCGGGUGUUGCUUUUGGCCAUGGUGGCUGACUUCACUGAUGAAGCGACAAGAAUCAUCCGACUCAUGGAUUCAGAAGCUGCAGAUGUUGCCACGCACAACAUCGAACUCGAUGUAUUUGCAAGUCGGGUGAAGCAUCUUUUCAUUGAUGAGCAUGCGACCAAGUCUGGGUAUACCAUGUUUGCGCUGGAGAGCUUGAAGACCCCAAUCGCUUUCGAUGUGGAUGGCAAGUCGAAGACUCUGGGUGGUCCAACCAAAGUUUCUCCAGCCAUGAUCGCCCGGUGCUUUGCUUCUAUGAAGAAACUGGUUGGGCUGAGCACAGAAGUGAUUGCGUCGGAGUUUCCUGCAUAUGAGAUUCUGACCGCCCUGAAAAUCUUCGAUGUAUCCGAAGUAAUGGCCCAGCAGCUGUGGAUCGAAUGGUAUGGUGAACCCAGGAAAGGAUCAACAUCCAGAAUUGAUUUGGGGACCAAACGAGGGCACAAGAAGGGUUCUGAAGCUGAUUUCUUGGCCAAAAGACGCCGUUUGGAUGGACCGGUCAAACUUUUGCCCCAUGAUGAAGUACGGCUCGAAGCAAGUGCGAAUCUGCCAGCAGAUUGUCAGCGUGUCCAGGCAGAAUUGACAUUUCAGAGGAACAAGCAGUUCAAGAACACAAUCCAAUCGUACUUAAGUGGUCACUUGACAGCCAAGGAAGUGCCAGAUGGGAUGGUUGAUGUGGCUCAAACAUUCGUUGAAUUGGAGACUCGGAGAGAUGCCGCCAGAGUACGGGGAGUUUCAAAGUUCCAAGCCUUGUUGGCCCCGUCCCCGCCACAGUUCGAUCGGCGGAACCACUGGAUCUUUCUGGAGGUGGCAGAGUGGAGCCAGAAGCCUGAAUUUUUCAGGUGCAAGGUGACCCAGGACCUCCAGCUGCCUUUGUUUUUCGUUGUGGCCAACCCGGAGAAACCGCCUUCACAAGUUCUUUGGGCAGCCUCUGUGCGAGGAGGUUGUGUUCUGGACCUGGCAUGCAUGCGGGGCAUCAUUGAAAACCGUGAUGAUAAGGCAACAACAGGAAUUGCCUUCCUCUAUGAUGCGGCGUACGCAAUCAAGCGGCAGAUUUUCUUGUGCCCUAGCUUUCGUGCUGCGAACGCGGAAGCCAGUGAAAUUAUUCAAGCAGCAGUUGGCCAGGAGAGAUCGAAGUGGAAGAUGAUUGAUGGAGGUUGGGAAGCCUUCGCUGAAGCAUCUGCUAAGAGCCAGCAAGCUGGCCGCAAGUGGGCUGUGCUGGGGCUGACCAUUCCACGAAUAGCUGCUAACAUGCAGGAAGACAAUGUCAUGUCCAGCAAAACAUUUCUCAAGUUUGUGAGCAGGGUUCAUUGCUGCAAUCGUGCUGCUGGCACAGUACGGAUGGCUGGGUCAGGGCCCAAGGAUGGAAUUGCUCAACGGGGUGCUGUAAAGUCAGAUGCCGUGAUGGUCACCAAGAUGGUGCCGGAGAUGGAGACCCCUCCUCUUGGUGCCACCCAGCGUUGCUCUCUCAGAUUUGAUGCAUCAUGA